AGGCGUGAACAAUGAUGCAUGACCUGUUUGGUCAAGCGAGAGGAUCAAUGAUAUGUACUACUCGUACUAUAUAGGUGGGCGGAUCGGUGGUAUGUACGCCCGCAGAUGAUAGAAGAUGGCGAUGCAGGCGGCAUCGUUGACGGCGUUGCUCUUGCAGCUCUGCUUCUCGGCGACGGCAGUGGCUCGGGUCACCGGAGCUGCACCGGGCUGUCCGACCAUCUGCGCUGGCGUGAGCGUGCCGUACCCAUUCGGCAUCGGGGAAGGGUGUUACUUGCUGGGCUUCAAGCUCACCUGCGACCGGGCGCUCGGCCGAGAGCGCCUGCUCAUCGGCGGCGCCGGAGGCACCCUCGAGGUCGUUGAGAUCUCCCUGGCCAACUCCACGGUGCGCGUCAUGGACACCGCUGGCGCCGUGAAGCUCACUGUCGGCGGCAGCGGCACUAGCCUUGACAGGCUCGCGUCCAGCGGCGAGUGGAGCGGGCUCGGAGACGACGCCAUCGCCGGCCCGUUCGUGGUGUCGGGGACGCGCAACCGGUUCGUGGUCACGGGGUGCAACCAGCAGGCCGCGCUGUUCGGGGCAAUCGCCAACGUCAUCGUCGGCUGCUCCGCCUUCUGCCCCGUCACCGACAUGUCUAGGAGCACGAUCUCCUCCGAGGAGGUCGCCGCGUGCGGCGGUGUGGGCUGCUGCCAGACGCCCAUCCCCAUCGGCCGCCCUUCCUACAGAGUGCAGCUCGCGGGGCUGGAACUGAGCCAGGAGAGGUACCAACAGCUGCCCAUCGCGGUGCGCAUCGCCGAGACUGGCUGGUUCGAGGACCACUCCGCCGGGCUGCUCAACAAGUCGCUCCUGGACUCCUCGGAGUGGGCGAUCCCCGUGGUGCUGGAGUGGGCGAUGAACUCCAAUCGGCUCGAGCAAGUACAGGAUACAGCGACGGGCUGCCCGCAGAAUAAGGCGGUCACUGAGUGUCGGAGCAGCUUCAGCUCAUGCCUCAACGUCAGCAACCACUACCGCACUGGCUACGUGUGCCAGUGCGGGAAAGGGUACCAGGGCAACCCGUAUCUUGCCGGCGGAUGCCAAGACGUCGACGAGUGCAAGCUGCCCGGCAUGUGCUUCGGCGUGUGCACCAAUAGGCCCGGAGGGUACGAAUGCCGGUGCCCGUCCGGGUCCCGUGGCAAUCCCAGAGAUCGCUGCAUCAAAUCUUCCCUAGGUUUGAGUAUCAGCAUAGGAAUCGGCAGUGGUGCUGGCCUUCUUUUCCUAGUACUUGGUGCCAUUUUUGUGAUCCGGAAGCUCAAGCAGCAGAGGGUAAAAGUACUGAAGAGGAAAUUUUUCAGGCAAAACAGGGGACAUCUGCUGCAGCAAUUGGUGUCGCAAAAGGCAGACAUCGCUGAGAGGAUGAUCAUCCCGUUGGUGGAGCUGGAGAAGACCACCAACAACUUCGACAAAGCUCGAGAGAUCGGCGGUGGAGGGCACGGCACGGUGUACAAAGGGAUCAUGUCAGACCUGCACGUUGUGGCCAUCAAGAAGUCCAAGGUUGUGGUCCAGAGGGAGAUCAACGAGUUCAUCAACGAGGUAGCCAUCCUCUCGCAGAUCAACCAUCGAAAUGUGGUGAAGCUCUAUGGGUGCUGCCUCGAGAUAGAGGUGCCGCUGUUGGUGUAUGAGUUCAUCUCCAACUGGACCCUUUAUGAUCAUCUUCAUGUGGAAGAGCCUGAAGUAUCGUUGCCAUGGGUGGAGCGCCUGAGAAUUGCCACGGAGACUGCGAGAGCAUUCGCUUACCUUCACUCAGCCGUGUCAAUCCCUAUAGUCCACAGAGAUAUCAAAUCUCAGAACAUCCUAUUAGAUGGCACUCUCAUAGCAAAGGUGUCAGACUUUGGAGCAUCAAGGUGUAUUCCGAUCGAUGAAACAGGGGACACAACUGCCAUCCAAGGGACAUUCGGGUACCUAGACCCCAUGUACUACUACUCCGGAAAACUCACCAAGAAGAGUGAUGUUUAUUGCUUUGGCGUUCUCCUCAUGGAGCUGCUUACCAGGAAAAAACCGUGCUCAUACCGAUCAUCUGAGGAGAAAAGCCUUGUUGCAUAUUUCACCGCUUUGCUCGCAACGGGCGACCUCGCUAGUUUGUUAGAUCCCCAGGUUGUAUUGGAAGGAGACAAGAUAGUUGAAGAGGUUGCUCUAUUGGCAGCGGCAUGCGUGAGGAUGGAAGGGGGCCACCGACCAACCAUGAGGCAAGUGGAGAUGACACUCGAGAACCUUCGAGUACCCCAUGAAAGUGUCGUGAUGUCUGAUAUGGAUGCACCAAGUUGUGCAAUGAUCGAGGGUGGAAGGACGGAGGAGGUCAGCAGACAAUAUAGCCAAGAAGAAGAAUAUUUGUUGUCAUCAAGAUACCCAAGGUAGUGUUUGUCUGUGAUAUGCACAUGGAUCAAAUGGCUUGUAAGCUUUAUGUUUAUUUCCUUUUCUUUUAAGAAACAGCGAGGCUCAUAUACAUCAAGGAAGACGAGUAGGAGUACUAGUACUACAUGCCUUCACAUAAAUAAAAGUACUCCGCUCGUCUCGGUUUAUAAAAUAUCUUAUGAAAAUCAAAAAAGAAACGAGAUAAAAGUUAAUGCACCGUGUCUUUGUCUUUUUAUAUUAUUUGGUUUUCGUAAAGUGACUUAUAAACCAAGACGAAAGGAGUAGUACUACAUGCCUUCACAUAAGUAGGAAGUAGUACUACAUGCCUUCACAUAAGUAGAAGUAGUAGUAUUUAUUGGUUGGCAACGAUAAGGUUGCUCGUAAUGAAAGUAUCAUAUGUAGUAUUAUGCAUGUUAACUAGUUAAUUUUGAUG